UUGCAGUUUUUUCAACGGCAAGUGUAUUCUCGUAAAGUUAAAUUUUGCUCUGUGAUUUUUGACAUUUCCAAGCCGAAAUUUUUAAAAUUUCCGCUCAAUCUCUGUGAAUUUGACUCAAUUAGUUGAUUUCCCCAAACCAGAAGUUUGCUUCAUCUAACAGGGCAUUGCAACUCGGAUUUGAACUUGUAAUUAAUUCCAGCCAGCAAAUACGCUAGCACUCAAUUCACGGGUCCGACCUAAAAAAAUAAAAAAAUAAUCACCUUCAGCGUCCAAAAAACAAAAAGCAAAAAUGGGAAAUGUAUUUGCUAACCUCUUUAAAGGGCUUUUUGGUAAAAAAGAAAUGAGAAUAUUAAUGGUCGGAUUAGAUGCCGCUGGUAAAACAACCAUUCUGUACAAACUCAAAUUAGGCGAAAUUGUUACAACGAUACCUACUAUUGGUUUCAAUGUGGAGACUGUAGAAUACAAGAAUAUUAGCUUUACUGUGUGGGAUGUGGGCGGUCAAGAUAAAAUUCGUCCCCUAUGGAGGCAUUAUUUCCAGAACACACAGGGUCUUAUCUUUGUUGUUGAUAGCAAUGACCGUGAGCGUAUUGGGGAGGCGAGAGAGGAGUUAAUGCGCAUGCUAGCAGAAGAUGAAUUGAGGGAUGCAGUCUUGUUAAUAUUCGCCAACAAACAGGAUCUGCCAAACGCAAUGAAUGCGGCCGAAAUUACCGAUAAGCUUGGCUUGCACUCACUCAGAAACCGUAACUGGUACAUUCAAGCGACGUGUGCAACCAGCGGCGAUGGACUCUACGAGGGACUCGAUUGGCUCUCCAAUCAGUUGAAGAACGCUAAUCGCUAAUUAAGCGCAAGACCAUAACUACAGAUCCCACAAUAAUAUGAACACAACUCUGAUUUCAAGUAAGCCGAAGUAGCAAACCAACAACACCCAUAGAAAAGCGGCAAGAUAAAUUAAGCGGACAGCGGUGGAAAUCAUCAGGAAAACUUACCACAAUAACAGCAGACUUUCGCAUAACUAAAGGGCGCGUCCUGUCCGUAUUUCUGAAAAGGAACUUCAAUUGUUUAAUGAAUUGCAGGAACCUAACUUUUCAAGCAGCACAUAAAACUCGCUAUAAUUUAAUUUAAAUUCAUAUAAUUAUUGAAUGUUUUAAAGCAAAUCGAGUAAAAGAAAUUCCCCAAUCUAUUGCAAAAGAAAAGAACUACAGUAUAUGGUAUAGAAAUGUCUUGUAAGUUAUUUUUGUCCUCUCCCAACCUUCAUCAAUAUAUUUCUUUUUAAUUUUAUAAAUAUAAAAAUAAUAUUAAUGAGAAAAACUGUAAUUGUAAUGGCUCUUUAAAAAUACAAAAGAAAAAUUUUAAUUUUUAUACUUUUGUUUGGUGUUGACGCUUGGCCAAGCUAAUUCUUAAAAAAAUCAUGCAUAUACAUACAACCAUAUUAAAAAGGAACGUAAUAAAUUAAUAUACAAAAUAAA